AUGGCACUAAAUAAGAAGCUACGACUAAACCCGGGUGCUCUGACUAUCGCCCUUCUCCUCACCACCGCUGCGAUCGCGUAUACGCGCACAGGAACAGUCCAACAAUCCCUUCAAUCCCUCCCUAUAAACACAUCUCUUGUUAUCGCUCUCUUCUCCUUCCUCGGCGGUGUCCUAGAGUCCAUACGCACAAAAUCUCCUGCCGCAUUUAUAGUGGGCCAUAUCUUCAGCGCCGUUUAUGUUCUGAGUUUUGCGCGUCUCCGUGAGGGCCAGCCCUCUGGUGCUGAGAUUGGAUUAUUGGGGUCCUGCGCUUUGGCUACAAUUCCGCUAGCGAACACAGGCUUGAACCUGAUUUCGAAGGAAUUGGGGUACGUUGGAGGAUAUGGAGUUGCGGUUUUUGCGAAUGCCUAUGGGGGUGUUGGAUUGGCUCUGACAUUGCUUUUUUCGCUGGUAUUGAUGGCAUAUAGAGAUGAGAUUCGGCAGAUACAGGCUCGGGUGGAUGAACGGAUAUAG